AUGCCAGGCGUUGCGUAUCAGCCACGUGGACUGGGAAAAGAGUACGUCGAUCCAUUGGCACAGGUGGAUGCAUGUAGGCGUGACGUGAAAUUGAUGAAGGAAUUGGGUCUUAACGUCAUUAGAGUCUAUGAGGUCGAUAUUGACAAGAAUCAUGAUCAAUGCAUGUCCUUGUUUUCUGAUGCUGGAAUAUACCUAAUCCUCGACUUGGCUACCGUAAAAGCCAGUAUCAAUCGUGAUAACCCACAGUGGACUCUCCUUUUAUUCGACCAAUACAAGCGCACCAUCGAUGUAUUUUCCAGAUAUACCAACACCCUAGCAUUCUUUGCCGGGAACGAAGUUACCAAUAAUAAAUCCAACGCUCAGGCAAGUCCGUUUGUCAAGGCGGCAUUGAGGGACAUAAAGAUGUACAUUAAAGAUAAUGUGAUGAAGAAUGGUGGAAGAUAUGUACCGGUAGGAUACUCAAGUAACGACGACCCAGAUAUAAGGGUUUCGUUGGCAGAGUAUUUCAACUGUGGAAAUGAUGACGAACGAGCCGACUUUUUUGGAAUGAACUUGUAUGAAUGGUGUGGUGAAAGUUCGUUUGAACAAUCCGGUUAUGCAGAACGAACUCGAGAAUUCUCUUCGUACUCAAUUCCCGUAAUACUUUCGGAAUAUGGUUGUAAUCUAGUUGCCCCACGUCCGUUCACCGAGGUCACUGCAAUAUACGGUCCCCAAAUGACUUCUGUAUGGUCCGGCGGAAUCGCUUACGAAUGGUCACAAGAAAUAAAUUCAUACGGUUUGGUUGUGAUCGAUGGUCAGGAUGGAAAUGUUAAGAAAUUACAAGAUUUCUACAAUCUCAAAUACCAACUCGAACAAGCGACUGGAAAUUUUAAUAGAUUUGAGAAAAUAUUGAAUAUGGAUGAAUACCGACCAAUCAACAUUGAGCCUUCAAAGUGUCCGAAUAAUUCGGAUACAUGGAAUGCAAGUAUCAUUCUUCCGCAAACGCCACGACGAGAGGUUUGUGAAUGUAUGGUGUCAACCCUCACCUGUGUCACAUCCUCAAAAAUCCCCAACGAUCGUGAAUUAAUGAACAAACAAUUUAAAAUGGUGUGUGGGUUGGUGGACUGUGCGAAUAUUAGUGCAGACGGCAGGAACGGUAAAUAUGGAAAUUAUAGUUAUUGCGGCCCGGAAGAUAAAUUAUCGUACAUAUUCGAUGCUUAUUACAAAGCACAAAAUGAACAUAAGGAAGCUUGCGAGUUUAAAGGUGCGGCUAAGAUCACUACGCCGACGAAAAGCAGUUUAGAGGAGUGUGCGAACAAGACGAGAAGUGGGGUCGCAUCUUUGGUCGUUGAGAAAGCAGGAGGUAGGAUAAAAAAGGUGCAAGGGCUAUCGAUCCUGGUCUGGUUUAUCUUUUCUGUUUGGGGAUAUUUUUGA